AUGUACUCGGUCUGGACGCGUGCGAACUCCGUGUUUUUCACGUCGUUGAUGGCUCUUGCCAUCAUGUGUACCCUCACAGCCAUCAGCACGUUCCUGCAUGAGCCAGAGCCUGUCGUGAGGCGUCUGGAGAUGACCAAGCUGCACUCGCUGCGCAACUACCGUGAUAAGGCUGACCGCGCUACACUCUCGUUCGACCUGGACGCCGACCUGAGCUCCGUGUUCAACUGGAACGUGAAGCAGCUCUUCGUGUACGUGAUGGCCGACUUCGAGAGCGCCAGCAACUCCCGCAAUCAGGUGGUGAUCUGGGACAAGAUCGUGCAGACAAAGGAGGCCGCAGGCCAGUUGCAGUUCCAGGACGAGGGCGUCAAGUAUUUCCUGGCUGAUCAGUACGACGAGCUGCGUGGCGCCAACGUGACUCUCAGUCUCGAGUGGGACAUCAUGCCUGUGUGCGGCCGCCUCUUCGUGCACUCCAGUGACACCAAGGCGAACUUUGAGAUGCCAGACAAGUACCAGGGCAAAGCUCCCAAAGCUGGAGGUCGUUUUUAG